AGCACCAAGAAAAUGACCUGAAAUGACGAAGGGAACGGAAGCUCCUGGAGUUUGAGGAGGAGUCAAGCAGCUGCCUGCCCCGGAGACCAAGAUUUCCUCUUUGCGGGGAGCACAAAUCCAGCCCCGAAAAAGCUGUGUCCUUGGACCAGUUCUCUCAUUUCCCUGCUGAUUUUUGGUCCAACACUGAGCCCCCAGUAAUUAGUAACCAUUAGUACUUGCCGUUGCAAGGAGUUCUCAGGGUUUCCAAACUCAUUGACAAUUCGCUAACUUGUGCAUAAGUUUCUGGUAGCCUUUGCACCGUUUCAGCCACAAUGAAGAUAACUUUUCUUAUGUUGUUGGUCCUCUCCUUGUUCCUCUUCCCUUGUGGGCUCUGCAAGAGCUUAGCUGCAAGGCCUUCCGUUGUGAAUAUUGGUUCUAUUCUUCGGUUCAACUCCACCAUUGGAGGUGUUUCAGCGGUUGCCAUCCGUGCAGCCUUGGAGGAUAUCAACUCCGACCCAACAAUUCUAAAUGGAACAGCAUUACAAGUUGACAUGAGGGAUACAAAUUGUGAUGAUGGUUUCCUUGCCAUGGUUCAAGCUUUACAGUUCAUGGAGACUGAUGUUAUUGCAAUCAUUGGCCCGCAAUGCUCUACGAUUGCUCAUAUCAUUUCGUUUGUCGCAAAUGAGCUCCGAGUCCCUUUGAUGGCCUUUGCAUCGGAUCCAACUCUAUCAUCAAUCCAGUUACCGUUCUUUGUUCGGACUGCUCCGAGUGAUCUCUACCAAAUGGCAGCUGUGGCGGCAGUUGUUGAUUACUACCAGUGGAAGAUAGUGACUGCCAUAUAUGUUGACGAUGAUUAUGGACGAAAUGGCAUUGCUGCUUUGGAUGAUGAACUUACUGCAAGGCGCUGCAAAAUUUCCUACAAGGUUGGAUUCCCUGGCAAUGCUAAAAGAAGCGAGCUUCUAAAUUUGUUGGUUACUGUUAAUAACAUGGAGUCUCGUGUUAUCAUUGUCCAUACUAGUGCUCCAUCCGGACUCCAGCUUUUCUCCCUUGCAAACAGACUAAACAUGAUGGGCAAUGGUUAUGUAUGGAUUGCAACUGAUUGGCUUUCUUCUUACCUUGAUGCUAAUUCUACAGUUCCUGCUGAGACUAUAUCUGGCAUGCAAGGUGUUCUGACUUUACGGCCACACAUCCCUAAAUCAAAGAUGAAGAGCAAUUUGAUCUCUAAGUGGAGCAGCUUAAGCAAGAAGUACAACCAUAGUGACCUUCGGACAAGUGCUUAUGCCUUUUAUGUUUAUGAUAGUGUAUGGACAGUAGCUCGGGCUCUGGACUCCUUCUUUGAUGAUGGUGGGAGUAUUUCCUUUUCAAAUGACUCAAAGUUACGUGAUCAAACUGGGGGAACUCUUCACCUUGAAGCCAUGAGUAUUUUCGACAUGGGAAACAAAUUAUUGGGCAAGAUUAGGAAGGUAAACUUCACUGGGGUGUCUGGCCAAGUGCAAUUCGAUACUCAGGGUGACCUCAUUCAUCCUGCCUAUGAUAUCAUAAAUAUAAUCGGAAAUGGCGUUCGGACCAUUGGUUUUUGGUCAAACUAUACUAGACUGCUGUCGACUGUCCUUCCAGAGGACUUAUAUUCGAAGCCCCCUAAUAGUUCUCUUGCCAAUCAACAUCUCUAUGAUGUCAUUUGGCCUGGGGAGACUGCAAAGAAGCCUCGAGGUUGGGCCUUCCCUUCCAAUGCCAAGGAGUUGAAAAUUGGUGUCCCCAACAGAUUUAGCUUUAAAGAGUUUGUCACCAUAGAUAAUGUUACUGGGUCAAUGAAGGGUUAUUGCGUCGAUGUCUUCACUCAGGCAUUGGCUUUGCUUCCUUAUCCUGUUACAUACAAGUUUGUACCUUUCGGGAGUGGUACUGAAAAUCCUCAUUAUGAUGAACUUGUACAGAUGGUUGAGAACAAUGUGUUUGAUGGAGCAAUAGGUGAUAUCGCUAUUACAAUGAAUCGGACUCAAACUGUUGAUUUCACCCAGCCCUUCAUCGAGACAGGCCUGGUUAUCUUGGCUCCGGUUAAGAAGCAUAUAACAAAUUCCUGGGCAUUCUUGCAGCCAUUUACGUUGGAGAUGUGGUGUGUUACAGGAUUGUUUUUUCUUAUUGUGGGUGUGGUUGUUUGGGUGCUUGAGCAUCGAGUCAAUGAUGAUUUCCGUGGCCCACCACGAGAACAAAUAAUGACUAUUUUCUGGUUCAGCUUUUCGACUUUAUUUUUUGCACACAGAGAAAAUACUAUGAGCACCCUAGGACGUGGUGUCUUGAUCAUAUGGCUAUUUGUUGUUUUGAUCAUUGUAUCCAGCUACACUGCGAGUCUUACUUCCAUCCUAACCGUGCAACAGCUUGACACUUCUAUAAGAGGACUUGAUGACCUGAAAAGUAGUGAUUAUCCUAUCGGUUUCCAAGUUGGUUCUUUCGCAGAAGAAUACAUGGUCAAGGAACUGAACAUCUCACGGUUGAGGCUAAAAGCUCUCGGUUCUCCUGAAGAAUACGCUGAAAAUCUCAAGCUAGGCCCUAAGAAAGGAGGUGUUAUGGCCAUUGUUGAUGAGCGCCCUUAUGUUGAACUGUUUUUGUCAACUUACUGCAAGAUUGCAGUUGCUGGCUCAGAUUUCACCAGUAGAGGAUGGGGCUUUGCAUUUCCAAGGGAUUCCCCUCUGCAAAUAGACCUGUCAACCGCAAUCCUAGCACUGUCGGAGAACGGGGAACUGCAGCGGAUCCACGACAAGUGGCUCAAGACAGGCGAGUGCACAGCUGACAACACCGAAUUUGUGGACUCGAACCAGCUCCGCCUUGCCAGCUUCUGGGGUCUGUUCCUCAUUUGUGGUGUGGCAUGUGUCCUCGCACUGCUCAUUUACUUCAGCAUCAUGCUACGUCGAUACCUGAAACAUGAAUCGCCAGAAGCAGCACUCUCCUUGGAGUCCGGGUCAUCGAAAUCGAAGCGCAGCAUCAAGAAAUUCAUCUCAUUUGUCGAUGACAAGGAGCUACCAAGGAAAAAGCGGUCCUUGAGCCUGUCAAGAAGUUCCAUGCCAACAACACCAACGGGUAGCCUUUCUGUUCUUGACAUAGAAAGACCGGUGAGGUCUGUCAGGAAUGUUAGUGUUACUGAAAUACGAAACUAGCGCAUGUGUAUUGACUUCGAAGCUAAGAAAUUUUAGUCUUGGACCUGGGAUAAAUCAUCUUUGGGUCAGUUUACGCAAUCUUAGAUAGGAAAUUAGAGUGAAAGGCUGUGCAGGGAAUUGUAUUUGUAGGUUUUUAGCGCCCAGCAAUAACAAAUCCUCUGAGUCUGAGUCAAGUUUGUUGUGGCAACUGGAAAAUUGUAUAGAAGCAACCCUUGUCCAAGAUGGUGUUAUGAAUGUAAUACGUCUUUUUAAUUUUUUUUUCUUCA